AUGGCCGCCCGAUUGAUAUCUCGCUCUGCUCUUCGCUCUCCCUUCCGCCUCUUCACCUCCGAGCCCACCACCAAACGCUCCACCCUCGUCAACUUCUCUCUACCCUCCGACGACGAAGACGACAACCCCCCACCACCGCACACCAAACCAAACGACAAGUCGUCUUCUCCCCUCCCUCCUCCGUACGACCCGUUCAACAAGAACCCACCGUUCUCAGACGACCCAACAGACUUACAAGAAGUCUUCCACAAGAUGCGUUCAGAUGGGCUACAAACCAAUGCAGUCAAGAUGUUCGACGCUUUGUCCAGAGACGGCCUCACCCACGAGGCGUUACAGCUCUUCGCCCACAUUAAAGACAAGGGCCAAAUGCCCGACGUGGUGGCCCACACCGCCGUCAUCGAGGCCUACGCCGCCGCCGGGAAGCCGAGAGACGCGCUCAAGGUCUACAUGCGGAUGCUGGCCUGCGGGGUGGCGCCGAAUGCGUACACUUAUAGCGUGCUCAUCAAGGCACUCGCUACGGAGGAGAAGUUUGUAGGGGAGGCGAAGAAGUAUGUGGUGGAGAUGUUGGGGAAGGGAAUGCGGCCCAAUGCGGGGACGUAUGUGGCGGUGUUGGAGGCGUUGGCGGGGGAGGAGAAGGCGGAGGAGGCGAGCGAGCUGCUGGAGGAGAUGAGAGGGAAGGGGUUUGUGGCGGAUGAGAAGGCGGUGAGGGAGGUGAUGAAGGGUAGAAGGGGAGGUGUGGUUAGAAGUGUCAUCAACAUUCUCUUUGGAAAGUAG